AUGUGUAAAUCAUUUAUGAUUGUCAUUUGUGGGGCACCCACAAUAGAUUCCUAGCAUGAUUCUUAUUUAUUUGUCUAUUUAUAUGGGGAGUUGUGGCAUUUUAUGCGUGUCAUGUCAACCAUAACAAAGAUAAAAAUUAGUUACGGAGUAUAUAUAAAUCGAUCCGAGCUUAUUUCUUCUUCCAGAUCCGAGCUUGGAAUGAUCCGAGCUUGGCAGCGAUGGUGGCGACGGCUAUAGCGGUGAUGAUGGGACUGGAGCAAUUAUGGUGGAGGGGGAUGGUGGAGAUGGUCGGAGAAUGGAUCGAUGGUGGAGCUGACGGCAACGGCGGCGCUGGCGGCGAGGAGGAGAGGGGCCACGGAAGAGGCGGUGGUGGGGAUUUGAUGGUGGCAGGGGCAGGGCUAGGAAAGGAAGGAGAGAGGGGUAUUUUAGAGAAUUUACACCCAUAGUCAAAAUGAGGAAAAGUCAAAAUAGGAAGUUUAUUCCCGGACAGAGGGAGUAUUUAAUUGUAAAGAAAUGAUCAUUUUGAGAAUAUAUUUUAAAUUUGGAUGAUAAAAAAAUUCUAAAAUACAUUUUAAUUAAUCAUCAUUUGAAUAACAUUAUUUAUAAAGG